GAAAGUUCUGCUGCAAUGAUCUUCUUGAAAUAACCCCUAUACUAAUGGAUCAGUACAACGAACAUCAUAAAUCCGCAGACACUAGAACUUUGUCAUGGUAUAUGUCCACCAUUGCUAUAUGGUCAAAAUAUUUUCUUGUUGCUGAUGCCCCUGGCAAUCGUAUUAUGGGUUUCAAUGUUGCAAAAGUUGGAGGAAACGAUUUAUCAAAAUGUUGCCAAAUUGCUCAUGUUGCUCUUAUAUACGGUAUUACCGGAGUGCGGACUUAGUUAGGAUGUUUGUAGAGAAUAUAGAGGCUACGGCAGACAAGAUUGACAAGGUAUUCUAUUUGGAAAUGCUGGUGCGUUCAGCCAACAAUCAAAAGAUAAACCUCUUUGAAAGGCUUGGCUUCGUUUGCUACGACCAAGGUGAAGAUAGGUUAUCACUCCAGAAACACUUGCCACGAUUAACAGAAUAUCAGGCACACAUGACAAAUCUGGUGCAGCAGAAGCUACAGCAACCAGAGGCUUCUAAUACUGGACCCUCGGUACCUCCUUCUACAUAGCUGAUUAUGAGAUUUGUGACAACUGACAAUGGCAUGCCCUCUAAAUAGUAACAGUGGUAUACAACAAUUGAUGACAAGUACUAUGUAAAGGUGAAAGCUAGGUCUUAUCCCCUGUUUGUAAUCAUCCCAUACUUGAGUUGUUGAAAGAUGGUAUUUAGUAAUUUGCCAUCUAAAGGAGUUGUUGGUGCUUCAGUGUAACUGCACCCCCCGUCUUCAUCUUGUGCUGCUGGCUAUAGACUUUGUUGAGGUAGACUUAGAUAUUCAUGAUAAUUCAGAGGUGGCACUCAAAUCCAAUACUAGAGAUUGGUGAGUGAGAUGCACACCAUUGAGCUAAAGUCUUGUCUAUCUGAACUUUUUAGCUUAUCGGGUGUGCAUUUUGUGUAAAUCACUACUCAUAUCAG